ACUAUUGUGCGCGCUCGGUUAAAUUCCGAACCAUUUCUCUCAACAUGGCCGAAUUGUGAACGUAACAUUUGUUUAACACAUCGUCUUCAAGUUGCAAAAAUGGAAUCAAAUCCACGUGUGAGAUCGCAUCAAAGUGAGAUAAGAGUUAACCACGCCAGUUGGCAUCGCCCGCUAAAUUUCCAGCAUUGUGCGCGCAGUGUAAAUCGUAUUCGCAGUGAGGAUUUUCCGACGGACGACGUGACUAUCACAGCAUUGCAGUGUCAUCGACCAUAUUGGUGUUGUGCGCACGCCACGGACGAGUAUUAAAAUAUUCCCCAAGUGUUUCACAAAAAGAAAACCAACCACAGCCACAAUAUGUUGGGUAAUAAACGAAUGAAUUCACAUUCGACACCGCCAGGCAUCGGCCUGUCGUAUAUCAUGGGACAAGUGCAACACACGCGCACGUUCGCCACCAGCGCGAAUCUCAAAAACAACCUCCAGGGUCAAAAUCAAUGCAAGAUGGGUAUUGGCAGGACGGGGAAGAGUAUUCUAUGCGACGAGGGUAGCGCGAAAGUCAUCAAUCGCGAUAAUAACUAUCCAAACAACGAGCGAAAAACAAGCGAAGAUAUGAGUUGUUCCGAUAACACGCUGUUUUGUCCGGUUGUGGAAGUUGCACACUCCUUGACGAUCAUUUCAUCAGUCAGAAGGACAGUCUCCGAGUGUCCUAGUGAAGAUAGUUAUGUGGUUUUCGAAGGGUGUGAUACGGAAUUAGAUGAUUUAGAUUCAAAUUUUGAUGAUGAGGAUGAUUCGGAUGAGAGUGAUGACGACAUCUAUUGGGAAAGGGACAAACAACACAAGACUGAAGAAGCGGACUGUAAAAGUUCAUCAGACAAGAAGGUGCAUUUCCCGCCCGAUGAACAACUCGCCGAAGUACACCGCAUGAUCAUGUGGUCGUUUGCGUACCGCGCAUGUCGCAAAGGUCACUGGGAGCAGUACAGUCGCGACCGUGCACGUUUCCAGCGCCGGAUCGACUCCUGCCGCGAUGAGAUCAGCCGAAUUUUAGACCAAAAUCACCGGGAGAAGAUAUACCAGGAACGCUUUUUACCCCCUGCCACUACCACCACACAAGAACCAAUCAAAUCUCAGAGGAAAACAUAUAGUACAUGCGGGAGUAUAGAUGAAAAGAAGAAAAACCGACCCAAGAGACACAAACGACGAAGAAACGGCAAGAAAAAACGGAAAAACCGCCACAAGUCGCGGCGAUAAGUUAUAAAAUCUGCAUUGUUUGUAAAUUAAGAAAGAUCUGUGAUAAAAUAUCUGCCGCCGGGAGAGAAAAUGGAGAAAAAUGUAUAAAUAUUCUAUUGUAAAUAAUCUUAAAAUGUAAAAUAUGUAUAAAAACCAUAGGGCGAAAUUAACACACGGUGAGAGGGUUUGUUGCGAAUGUAGUUACCACAUGUGAAAAGUAAAUUCUUAUAGAAUACAAAGUGACUUAAGUCAUGUUGAGUUUUGGCGAAUAAAUACAUUUCAAUAUUGUAA